AUGGCCGGCGGGGCCGCGCACCCGGGGGCCGAGCUGCUGGCCUUUGCGCGGUUCCUGGACUCGAGCCUGCAGCCUCUCGUCUACGGGUACGGCCCGGGCAGCCUGCGAGAGCUCCGGGCGCGCGAGUUUGGCCGCCUGGCAGGAACUGUCUAUCUUGAUCAUGCAGGAACCACGUUGUUCCCCCAGAGCCAGAUUACAAGCUUCAUGAAAGAUGUCUUGGAAAAUGUUUAUGGUAACCCUCACAGCCAGAACAUCAGCAGCAAGCUCACCCACGACACAGUGGAACACGUGCGCUUCAGGAUCCUGGCGCACUUCCACACCUCCCCAGAGGACUACACGGUGAUUUUCACCUCCGGGAGCACGGCUGCUCUUAAACUGGUGGCAGAGGCUUUCCCGUGGGUGUCCCCAGGCCCGGAGGGCAGCGGCAGCUGCUUCUGUUACCUCACCGACAGCCACACGUCCGUGGUGGGCAUGAGGAAGAUCACCGCGGCCAUGAACGUCACUUCCAUCCCGGUCAGGCCAGAGGACAUGUGGUCAGCGGACAGACAGGACGCGGCUGCGGCCGAGGACCCCGCCGGGGACCCUGCCGGCCAGCCUCCGCAUCUCUUCUGCUACCCGGCUCAGAGUAACUUUUCCGGAACCAGAUACCCCCUGUCCUGGAUAGGCGAGGUCAAGUCCGGGCGGAGGCGCCCUGCGAGCCGGCCUGGGAAGUGGUUUGUGCUGCUGGACGCGGCCGCCUUCGUGGGCACCUCGCCUCUGGACCUGUCGGUUCACCAGGCCGACUUUGUCCCCCUCUCCUUCUAUAAGAUCUUUGGCUUCCCCACCGGCCUGGGCGCUCUGCUGGUGAAUAACCGUUCGGCUCCUCUGCUGAGGAAAACCUACUUUGGAGGAGGCACUGCUGCUGCGUACCUCGCGGGAGAUGACUUCUACGUCCCGAGAGAGUCGAUGGCUGAGAGGUUUGAAGAUGGCACCAUCUCCUUCCUUGACGUGAUAGCACUAAAGCAUGGAUUUGAUGCCCUAGAGCGCCUCACAGGUGGAAUGGAGAACGUCCGGCAGCACACCUUUACCCUGGCUCAGUACACCUACGCGGCCUUGUCCUCCCUGCGGUACCCCAACGGAGCCCCGGUCGUGCAGAUUUACAGUGACUCUGAGUUCAGCAGCCCAGAGGUGCAGGGUCCGGUCAUCAGCUUCAACGUGCUCGAUGACAACGGGAACAUCAUUGGUUACUCCCAGGUGGAUAAAAUGGCCAGCCUUCACAACAUCCAUGUGCGAACCGGCUGCUUCUGUAACACUGGGGCCUGCCAGAGGCAUCUGGGGAUAAGCGAUGAGAUGGUGAAGAAGCAUCUUCAGGCUGGUCACGUCUGUGGAGACGAUGUGGACCUCAUAGAUGGGCAGCCGACGGGCUCUGUGAGGAUUUCUUUUGGAUACAUGUCCACACUUGAGGAUGCCCAGGCCUUCCUCAGGUUCAUCAUAGCAACCCGAUUGCGCCCGUCUCACGGCCAGCCUCUCCCUCUGGCCACCCCCGGGGAGGCUGGAGCCCCGCCAGAAGACAGCGAGGCUCAGAACGCUGUGCCUGCCACCCGGGCCAGAGGUAGCCCUUCACCUCAGGAAGACGCUUCCCCACACUCUGGGGUUUGGAACAACUCGCCCACCACUGAGGACGCAGAGGGUCUGUGUCUGCCCUUGCUGGAGGCCACCGGAACCCAGCAGACCACUUCAGAGAAAGCUGCUGACGUCCUGGAUGGGGACCUCAGGUCACACAUUGUUACCAACCUUUAUCUCUACCCGAUCAAGUCUUGUGCAGCGUUUGAGGUGACCAGGUGGCCUCUAGGAAGUCAAGGGCUGCUGUAUGACCGAAGCUGGAUGGUUGUGAAUCACAACGGCAUUUGCCUGAGUCAGAAGCAGGAGCCCCGGCUCUGCCUGAUCCAGCCCUUCAUUGACCUGCAGCGGAGGGUCAUGGUCAUCAAAGCCCAAGGGAUGGAGCCUAUAGAGGUGCCUCUUGAGGAGAACAGUGAGCAGGUUCAGAUUUGCCAAAGCAAAGUCUGUGCGGACAGGGUAAACACAUAUGAUUGUGGAGAAAAAAUUUCCAACUGGCUGUCAAAGUUUUUUGGCCGUCCCUAUCAUUUGAUCAAACAAAGUUCAGACUUUCAAAGAAAUGCAAAGAAGAAACACGGCAAAGAUCAGUCUGCUCAUACAACAGCCACCCUUUCUCUGGUGAAUGAGGCACAAUAUCUGCUGAUAAACAGAUCCAGUAUUUUGGAACUUCAGCAGCAAUUAAGCACAAGCUGUGAGAAUGGCAAAGAAGAAUUAUUCCCAAUGAACAAUCUCAUCUCACGAUUCCGUGCCAAUAUUAUUACCAAUGGAACAAGGGCUUUUGAAGAAGAGAAAUGGGAUGAAAUUUCAGUUGGUUCCUUGCAUUUCCAGGUUUUGGGACCUUGUAACAGAUGUCAGAUGAUUUGCAUCGAUCAGCAAACUGGACAACGAAACCAAGAUGUUUUCCAAAAGCUUUCUGAGAGGCGAGAGAGAAAGGUGAAAUUUGGAGUGUACCUGAUGCAUACGUCUUUGGAUUUAUCUUCUCCAUGUUACCUCUCCGUAGGAUCUCAGGUGCUCCCUCUGCUGAAAGAAAACAUAAAACACCAUGAUAUACCUGCUACUGAGAAAUUUCAGGAUGCUAUCUCCUAA